CACAGUUGUCUUACGGUCAUACAAUUUUCAGCAAAAAAUAAUAUUUCAGGUCAGGUUUUUUUUACUGGAUAUAUUCAAACUUAAGAGCAAUAUGGCCGAUAACGCAGAGCCACUGACUUUGUCAAGGGAUGUCAAAAGAUCGAUAGAGCUCUUGGAAAAACUGCAAUCUAGUGGAGACUUCCCCACAACAAAACUGGCAGCCCUGCAGAAGGUGCUAAACUCCGACUUUAUGACCUCCGUGCGGGAGGUAUACGAACAUGUCUACGAGACGGUGGACAUCCAGGGAUCCCACGAUGUAAGGGCUUCCGCCACUGCCAAGGCCACCGUGGCUGCCUUCGCCGCCAGCGAGGGGCACGCACAUCCCCGAGUGGUCGAACUGCCCAAGACGGAGGAGGGUUUAGGUUUCAAUGUAAUGGGAGGCAAGGAACAAAACUCGCCCAUCUAUAUAUCUCGUAUAAUACCUGGUGGAGUGGCGGACAGGCAUGGUGGACUGAAAAGAGGGGAUCAGCUUCUAUCUGUUAAUGGUGUGUCUGUUGAAGGAGAAAAUCACGAAAAGGCCGUUGAGCUGCUGAAGCAAGCUGUUGGAUCUGUGAAGCUGGUUGUACGAUAUACACCAAAGGUUCUUGAAGAAAUGGAAAUGCGUUUUGAUAAGCAACGCAACACACGUCGCCGUCAAUAAUGCACAUCGGCAGUAAAUUAAGCCAUAUUAGAUUUUGCCACUAGACCAUACUGUUAUUCACGUGCGUAAAACAACCCUACGAAUAAUAUAAUUUAAUACAAAUACCUUUUAAAUAUUAUUUAUUACAAAUAAUUCUGCAAAUAAUCGUAAAUCGUAAAAAGUGAGUGUUAUGUAUUUAUACCUAAAGUACCGUGUUGGUUUCUGUUCCAAUAAAAGUAAAU